AUGGAUACCUCCAUCCUCUCCGAAUCCCAAGUCAUGGUCCGCGAGUCUAUCGAGAAAAUCUGCUCCCAAUUCCCAGAUACAUACUGGGCCGAAGCGGACGCAACCGGGAAAUACCCCGGUGACCUGCACGCUGCGCUCGCCAAAGACGGAUGGAUCGGAAUUGCGUUGCCGGAUGAUUUGGGAGGUGCUGGGUUAGGAAUUAGUGAGGCUACGGUGAUGUUGCAGACUAUUGCGGAGAGCGGAGCGGGGAUUGCGGGGGCUCAGACUGUCCAUGCGAAUAUCUAUGCGACGAUGCCGGUUGCGAAGUUCGCUACGGAGGAGCAGAGGGGAGAGUUCCUACCAAAGCUCAUCAGUGGCAAGGAAAGAGCGUGUUUCGGUGUGACCGAGCCGGAGAGUGGACUCGAUACACUACGUCUGCGGACGAAGGCUGAAAAACGAAGUGACGGCUCAUACCUCGUCACCGGAAGCAAGAUAUGGAUCACCAACGCCCAACAAUGCCAAAACAUGAUCCUCCUUGCUCGAACAACCCCCAUCGAACAAGUGACCAAACCAUCCUCCGGCCUAUCGAUGUUCUACAUUCCCCUAGACCGCUCCCACCCCGGGCUAACCAUGUCCAAGAUCCCGAAAAUGGGCGGUAGGGCAGUCGACGCAAACGAGAUCUUCCUCGAGGACUACCCUAUCCCAGCCUCCUCGCUCAUCGGUAAAGAAGGCGACGGAUUCAAGCAGAUCCUACAUGGAAUGAACGCAGAACGCUGUCUCCUCGCCGGAGAAGCACUAGGAUUGGGCUACGCGGCCCUCAAACGUGCCGCUCGCUACGCAAAAGAACGCGUUGUUUUCGGCCGUCCCAUCGGCCAAAACCAAUCCAUUCAACACGCACUCGCGGACUCCUACGCCCAGCUCCUCGCAGCAACACACACAACCUACCACGCCGCACGACUCUACGACUCAGGUGCUCCAGCCGUCGCGGUCGGUGUUGCUGCUAAUACUGCUAAAUACCUCGCGGCGGAAGCGGGGUUCAAGGCGUGUGAAAGGGCGGUAAUGGUGCAUGGUGGGAUGGGGUAUGCGCAGGAGUUUCAUGUGGAGAGGUACUUGAGGGAGAGUUUUGUGCCGAGGAUUGCGCCGGUCAGUAGGGAGAUGAUCUUGAAUUUCUUGGGGGAGAGGGUAUUGGGGUUGCCGAGGAGUUAUUGA